AUGAGCAUUCCAUUGUUGCUAUGUUUACUGUUCGUUGCCAUAGAAACAAAAGAGGUUGGUGAAGAUUUCCCUUUACGUGAGAGUGAUCAGGAAUGGUUGAACUCUCUUUUCUACCUGCCUUCAGAACCGAGGGUGAGGAAGGAAUAUCGUAUGCUAACUGAAGAGGAGAGAACACAGUUUAAUGAUGCAUUUGUGAAGAUGAAAAAUGACAGGUCUGUCAUACCGAAUAAGUACGAUUUAUUUGUGUCUCUACACGCCAGGAGAUCAACUCGAAACAGUGCACACCGAGGAACGGGAUUUCUUGGCUGGCACAGAGUUUAUACUUUACUGAUGGAAAAUGCUUUACGUGAGUGGUAUCCUAACAUGACAAUGGCAUACUGGGACACAACACUGGACGCAGUGCUGGAGACACCGCGGGAGUCGAGCUUGUGGAGCGAGGAUUUCAUGGGUAACGGUGAUGGAUAUGUAUUGAAAGGAGUCUUUAAAGACUGGGCCGUUCAAAAUGGCGAACUGUACAGAACUGUCGGAGCAAAAUAUGGACCCUUGGCGGACAAGAAUAUAACAUAUCUACUAGAGCAUGAUCAUAUCGGCAACAUAAGUUUUCCUCUACGUGGUAAAAAUGUGGAGAACGUAUUCGAGGAAAUUCACAAUCGAGUGCACCAUUUUGUUGGCGGGGAAAUGAAAGUUAUAGAGACUGCUGCAGACGACCCGGUAUUUUUCCCGUACCAUUCAUUUGUCAGUCUUAUCUGGGAAGACUUCCGGGCUAUUCAAAGAAUGCACGGAAUCGAUCCAGAGACGGACUGGGAUGAAUACUACGGGCAAAUGAGACACCAUAGAUUUUCACCGAUGGGGCUUGGAAAUUUAAUGGCGAUGGACGGAAGUAGUGAAAUUUUUGCCGAAAAUAUCGAAUUCGCAGACCGUCCGUUUUGUUCUCGUGAAAAUCCAGAUUGCGACUCCCCUUAUCUGUAUUGCAACGUUACCGUAGAGAAAUGUUCCCCAUGGACUAUUGUAGAGUACGACAUUAUUAAAAAGGCUGGACAAGAUAACAACAUGUUAUUUGUAGACGCUGCAGUUAGAUUUAUUGAAAGUAAGGUGAACAAAGGUUAUUGGCAAUUGGCCAAACUAGAAAACGGAACUGAUUUGGAAGAAUACGGAGAUCCAUCUGAGGGGUAUAAAGAUCUAUUCAAAAUAAUCGAAGAAGAAAAUGCCAAGAAUGCAAGCAACUUGGAAAAUGGUGACAGUCAAUAUAGUGAGGAAAUAACUAAUGAAUAUAAAGACACAAGUUUAGAUUUUGAUGAUGGUCAUUUUCAUGGAGAUCAUGACCACGGAUUUGAUGAUCACAGUCAUGGAUCUGAUGACCAUGAUCAUAUGCAUAAUGACUAUGACCAGGCGAAUAACGACUAUGAUCAAGACCAUGACGAGCACACUCAUGACGGCCAUACACAUGAAGGUCAUGAACACCAGCAUGGUAAAGUCAUCCAAGGAGGAAAGCAGAUCCAUUACAUCGCAGCUAUAGAAAACGUUUUCCCAAUUCACUAUGCUGUCAUUGCAUUAGCCAUACUUACUGGGAUACGUUUGAUUCUUACAAUAUUGACUAAAUGUAGAGCAGAAAACGGUAAGAAAAUAACAAGGUCAAGGUCGAAAAAAUACCGGAUGGAUGGAAUAGUAAAUGCAAACUUUAGCGAUGAUGAAAAUAAAAAAUCUCGAAACAGUUCUACUAAUAAUCGCCGUGACAAUAUAUACACUGUAACUAUAACAACAAACGAUCCCGCGUCGCCGGAGUAUAACAGCACGUUUGUACGUUUUGAACAAUAUGCUAUCGGUAAUACAGGUAAAGAAUCUCCAAAACCAACGGGUACUGAGAGACAAGCCAGCACCGUAUCUGAUUACUUGGAUAUGACUUAUGCAAGUCAUUCUAGUACAGAGGGAGUGCAUGCAUCCGAACAAAUCAACGACAUGUAUGAAAAAGAUCAAGAUUCUGGGGAUUAUGCAAAUGAUGAUGAUGACUUCGAGGACAGAAGUUUCAAUUCUAUAGAAAACGAAAAUUUUCGUAGCGAGAUUGUUGCUACGGGAACUGAUGAACAGGAAGGUGAGGAUAAUUUUGAUGUUGCUGCGCCAAGUGAUGAACAGAAAAGUGAGGAUAGUUUUGAUGUUAUUGCUGCGGCAAAUGAUGGACAGAAAAGUGAGAACAGUUUUGAUGUGUUUGACACAUAUGAUAACUUUGUGUUUAAAAGAGAAGCUAAUGAUGUUACAGAAAAUACAGAAAAUGAGAAAGAAAAAAGUGAGGACAGUAUUAGUGCAAAGUUUCUACCUGGAACACACCUGUAAAAACUAGUACAGUAUAUUUGAUAACCAUGAAUACAUGCACAACUAAAUAAGUAUUUAAAAGCUAUAUACACUGUACAUAUAUGUAGAAUGAUUGGAUCAAUGAUAGAUAUAAACAUAUGGAUUAUUAUUCGUAAAAUACUACAAACUCGUGCAUUAUAAAGAACUUAGGAGACGGG